ACAAACUACAAAAGUCCAUCGGUAUGGUUAAGUCACAAAUUAUAGAUGAAGAACUUAAUGACAAGACAUCAAUUCCCACAGAAAAGUAUUUAGUAGUUUAAGAGAAUUGAAUCAUACACAUUUUCAAAAGUAUUUUCAGCAAAUGCUUGGAAUCAAAUAUGUUCCCACAAUGGUUUUUUCUACUACUAAACUCAAAUUAUAGUCUGUGGGGAAUCAUUUCUCUUUUUUAGAUAAUGUUCUUUGGGAGCAGAAACAUGAAUGUUUAGAAACAAACACAUUUACAAAAAAAAAUUAAAAAGAAGGGAAGUAACGAAUUGAGUGCCUCCCAUGUACAAUUUAGAUGAAGCAAAAUGGUACACAUUAUCCCUGUUAAUCCUUGUAAGAACCAUAGUAAAGGAGCAUCAUUGGCCCCAUUUUACAGAUUGAAGAACUCAAGUCAAGAAAGUUAACUUUCUUUAAAUCGUACUCAGAAAAUAUCUGGCUCAGAAUAGGUUCUAUAGUCUGAGCUGAAGAGACUGAGCAUGUUUAAACUUUGCCUUUUAGGUUACAUAUGUGGAUAAUUUGCUAAAACAUCAAGCUAUGCAGAAAAACCCCAAGAGGAACAAUAAUUCAAGAGUUUCUGGCAUAAAACUGAAUUCUGUGGAUGCUGAGAAGGAAAAAAAAGAGAGUCAGAAUAAUUUUGUUGAACUGCUACCUCCAGAAGUCACUUUAAAAAUUUUCAGUCAGUUGGACAUCCGGAGCUUGUGCAGGGCUUCCAUAACAUGCAGGAGCUGGAAUUACACAGUAAGAAAUAGUGACUACUUGUGGAAACCUCACUGCUUGACCCUAAGAGCUGUGUGCCAAAGAGAAGUAGACGACGAUCUAGAGAGUGGAUAUUCCUGGAGAGUAAUACUACUGAGGAACUACCAGAAGAGUAAAGUGAAACAUGAAUGGCUAAGUGGCAGGUACAGCAACGUAUGUUCUCCUCUUAGCCUACCCGAGAAAAUCAUGUACCCAAUGGAUGUGGAUACAUGGGGGGAAAUUCUAGAGGCAGAACUGGAAAGAUAAGCUGAUAAAUUACAAGCCCAUCUUGUACCUUUGAGAGUUUAAAACUAAAAUGACUCUUAGGUGCGCUUAACAUUCAAAAGAAAAUAAUGUAAAAGUCCACCUUUGUUUUUAUUCUGCACUUUCAUGAAAAUUCUGGCUUCACUGUAAUGUGGGAAAAUCAUAUGUUAUUUAUGUAAGAAAUACUAUACUGAUAGAGUGAUUUCAAAAUGUAUUGCUUCAUGUAUUUAUAUUAGUGUAUUGCAGUGCUUUAGUGACAAGAGAGUUUGAGUGGUAUUUUCUGCCUAGUGGUAAUUUAAAAAUUCAGGAAACCAUAUGAAGAAACUGAUUAGUGAUUCAUUAAAUAGUAGAAAUACCUAGGCUCCUAACUAGGAAUAAACAUAAUUAGGAAGACUACCUAAAUGAAAUUAAUAACAACAUGUUGAAAUAUAUAAUAAAUUUAUAUUUUGAUAACUUUGAAAUGUGCAUUUCAGUGGAAUCCGAUUGAAUUGUCAAACAUUGAGCCCAUUUUAAAAUGUGCUAACCUUGUGGUUUAGUUUAAAAUUAAUCUGACUGGAAGGCUAAAGCUUGUGAGACUAAGUAAGAUUCCGCUUACUCGCCUGCAGACCUGGAACUGCUCUCAGGGACAGCCCUCAGAACUGCCACAGUGGCUUUCUUGGUAAAGGCCUUCUAACAGUCUUACGGCACCAUCUAGUGGACUCCUUGUAGAUAAUCAAGGCGGAGGACUUUGGUUCUUUUUGUUUUCCCCACAUUUAAAAGAAAAGAAAAUGUAAAAAAAAAAAAAAAGAA